CGUGUUCUUUUCCUUUUCUCCACAUUCAAUAAACAAUUUGCAGGGGAAGAGAAACGACGGAAAUUCCAGAGCAGCAGCCAUGGCAGAGAAUCACCACGGAGUCGCAGCUCUGUAGCAGAGCAGCUUUUCUCUGCUCUCUGCUUCGUUUUUCCCCCCUUUCUUCUUCUUCCUCACAGCUAUACUUCUUCGCCAGAACUCUCUUCUCCUUAACGCCAUUAUAUAGUUUCUCGUCGCAGUUGUUGCAGCUGUUCAGUGGGCAGCCAUUAUCUCCCACCAUUCAUCAAGACGCAAUCCUCCGCCAUAUCCUUCCCUCCAAAUCUUUCCUCUCAUUAAUCAAAUUCAUUACCGUUCCUCGUGUCCGCGAAUCACUCGAAACCCCCAUCCCCGAAUCCGUGCAUUUAUUCCACCUCCUUUUCUAGUCAAUUAUCUUCUCGCUCUCUGGUGGUCUCUCUCUCAGCUUUGCUGGGUCGUGUGGCGUGUUGCUGUAGUUUCUCGUCUCGGGGGAGGGAGAGGCCAUGGCGAUUGCAGCAGCUGUUGUCGUCCCGUUGGGGGUUCUCUUCUUCUUUUCCGGUCUCGUCGUCAAUCUCAUUCAGGCAGCUUGCUUCGUUCUCAUUCGGCCGCUAUCAAAAAGUACGUACAGAAUCAUCAACAGAGCGGUUGCCGAGUUACUAUGGCUGGAGCUUGUCUGGAUCGUUGAUUGGUGGGCAGGGGUUAAGAUUGAAUUGUACACUGAUAGUGACACAUUUCGUCAAAUGGGUGAGUCCGAAUCUCUUAUUAGUAAAGAACACGCACUUGUCUUAUGCAACCAUAGAAGUGACAUUGAUUGGCUUGUUGGAUGGGUUUUGGCACAGCGGUCGGGAUGCCUUGGCAGUGCCUUAGCUUUUAUGAAGAAGUCAUCUAAACUCCUUCCGGUCAUAGGUUGGUCCAUGUGGUUCUCUGAGUAUCUAUUUCUGGAACGAAACUGGGCAAAGGAUGAAAAGAUAAUAAAGUCAGGUGUCCAGCAGCUACAUGACUUUCCUCGGCCCUUUUGGCUGGCUCUUUUUGUUGAAGGAACUCGUUUUACACAGGCAAAACUCUUAGCUGCACAGGAGUAUGCUGCAUCAGCUGGGUUGCCUGUCCCCAGAAAUGUGUUGAUUCCUCGUACUAAGGGCUUUGUUUGUGCAGUAAGCAAUAUGCGCACUUUCGUGCCAGCCAUCUAUGAUGUAACUGUGGCUAUCCCAAAAAGCUCACCUCCACCAACUUUGACCAGACUGUUCAAGGGCCAGUCAUCGGUGGUUCAUUGCCAUCUCAAGCGGCACUCCAUGAAGGACCUGCCUGAUACAGACGAUGCUGUUGCACAAUGGUGCAGGGAUUUGUUCGUGGCCAAGGAUGCACUGCUAGACAAGCACGAUGCUGAUGGUAAAUUCACAGACCAAGGAUUAGUAAAUAUGGGCCGACCUAUCAAGUCUCUUGUGGUUGUCACUUCAUGGGCAUCUUUACUUGUCUUUGUAACCUUGAAGUUCCGUCAAUGGGCCUCCCUUCUAUCCUCCUGGAAGGGUAUUGCACUAGCUGCAGGUUGUCUGGUCGUCGUCACAGCAUUGAUGCAGGUCUUGAUUCGAUUCUCUCAAUCCGAGCGUUCUACCCCUGCCAGAGUUGCUCCAACAACGAGGCCCAUAAAUCAAGCGGGAGGAGAGCUUUCAUCAGAUGCUGCUGCAGAACGUGAACAACACUGAACUCAGACAAUCUUUUAUUCGCCCCUGGACUUUACUGUGUUAUCGCUCUAAAUUAGGGUAUGUUCCGAGUUUUCCCCCUCUGAGAAGUGUGGAUCGUUUUGUUGUGUUGCUGUGUUAGUUAGUUAGUUAGCAACAUAUACAAUAGAACCUAAAGAAGAAGAAGAAGACUCAAAAAAAAUACCGUUUGGAUGGAUGAUUGGGCAGUGGAAUAGGGCAAAUUUAUGUAGAUUGUAUCUCUUAGAUUUUGAAGUCCAGAAUGUAUGUAUCAGUGCUCAAUGUAGGCAAACAUCAUUUCUGCUCUUAUUGAGUAUCAAUUUCCCUUUUAGCUGCUGCACUUGCAUUUGUAAGCGGAUUCUUGAAUUGGCCUGCGUGUAUUACUAUACACGAGCAUCUAUGUAUUCACUUGCCAUGCAAGAAAGAUGUUAAACCCA